ACACUACCAGUCUCAGUCUUUCCGCGCUCAAAAACUUGAAACUCGUAAUAGAGACUGUGCUCUGCCGUCUUUUCACUCGGGAUGCCAUGGUUCUCACGGAAGAACAGAAAAAACGAGCCGAAGCAAACCGGUUGGCGGCAAUUGAAAGACGGAAGGCAGUUUUAGAAGCUCGUGGACAGAAAGACCCUUGGCAGCUCUUCAAGUGCCGUAAGAUCUCUUCCGAACCAAUUGCGAAGCCCACACCUUCCGUUCAACCUCAGUCCGUCUCCGUGGAACCUGUUUCUCCCGCAUCUCUGCCCCAUAAGUUUUUGGUUAGGCUCGAAAUAUGCUCACCCGAUUCCUUUUCUGCAACUCCUCUUCCCCUCCGGGGUUCCCCCUAUCCCGGAGAAGAAUGGUGCUUGCGGAGACUAAGUGGUCACUUGACCAAUGUCAUGCCUUCACACUACACCCAGAAUAAUGAUGGCAGAAACGCCUGUGUGUAUAACUUGAGGGAUUACCAUGCUGUCCUUAAGUGUUUGAAGGCUGUCAUGGACAUAGAAGUUGAAGAAAUUCCGCAGGGAACUUUGAAAGCCGUUGAAGCGUUUUCACAUUUCUUUGCUACGGAGCGCUGGACGCCCUGCAGGCCCGAGCAUUUGCCUGAUGACAAGGUUGAUGAGUUAAUUGGGACGCUACCAAGGGCUCUGUUGGAUGCACUGUUGCCUUUCCAAAGGGAUGGUUUAAGAUUUGGAUUGAGACGGGGUGGCCGGUGUCUUAUUGCUGAUGAGAUGGGCCUUGGGAAAACGCUCCAGGCUAUUGCUAUUGCAGGAUGCUUCUUGAAUGAAGGUUCUAUACUUGUUGUUUGUCCAGCUGUUUUGCGAUUUACAUGGGCAGAAGAAUUAGAGCGGUGGCUUCCCUGUUGUUUGCCUGCUGAUAUCCAUCUGGUCUUUGGCCAUCGAGAUAAUCCUGCUUAUUUAAGAAGAUGCCCUAGAAUUGUGGUUAUUUCUUAUACCAUGCUCCAUCGUUUGAGGAAAAGCAUGCUUGGGCAAGAAUGGGCCCUCUUGAUUGUUGAUGAAUCUCAUCAUGUGCGAUGUACGAGGAAGACCUCAGAACCAGGGGAGAUAAAGGCUGUUCUUGAUGUAGCUUCAACUGUCAAGCGCAUAAUACUGCUAUCUGGGACACCUUCUUUGUCAAGGCCAUAUGACAUAUUUCAUCAGAUAAACAUGUUAUGGCCUGGACUGCUGGGCAAGGAUAAAUAUGCAUUUGCUAAAACUUAUUGCGAUUGUAAAUAUAUCAAGGGAAUCCAUGGCAAAAUUUUUGCGGAUUUUUCAAAGGGCAUUCGCUUGGAAGAGUUGAAUGUGUUACUCAAGCAAACUGUUAUGAUAAGGCGUCUAAAGGAACAUGUGCUGCUACAAUUACCACCAAAACGGCGGCAAAUUAUACGGUUGCUGUUGAAGAGAUCAGAUGUAGUUGCUGCAAAAAAGGCAGUUGGAAAGUUGAAUGGCAGUACUUCCAAAAGUGAUACUGACGACAUGACCUUGGACAGUUUUGAUGAACCUGAUGGGAUGUUGAAGAGAUCAGAUGUAGUUGCUGCAGAAACAGCAGUUGGGGUGUCAGAUACUGAUAUUGAUACUUCUGAAAGUGUUAAUGAAGACAUAACUUUGGAAACUUUGGAUGAAUCUGAAGGGAAGCUUUCCUACCAGGAACUUGGAAUUGCAAAGCUUUCUGGAUUUCGUGAAUGGCUUUCCCUCCAUCCAGUCACUGCAGAGUCAGAAAGUGCUUCAAAAAUGAUAAUUUUUGCUCAUCACCACAAAGUUCUUGAUGGAGUGCAGGAGUUAGUAUGUGAGAAAGGAAUUAGUUUUGUCCGAAUUGAUGGAAACACACUUGCUAGGGAUAGGCAGUCAGCGGUGGUGUCAUUUCGUUCAAGACUGGAGGUUAAAAUUGCAAUAGUAGGUAUUUUAGCAGCAGGAUUUGGAGUUGAUUUCUCAGCAGCACAAGAUGUCGUGUUCUUGGAGCUUCCACAAUGCCCAACUCUGAUGCUUCAGUUGCACUGGGCACAGUGGAUGCGUCAGGUGACUGCAUUUGAAAGGAGACACAGAAACGGGAACAUGGCUGAGGAUAGAGCUCAUCGCCGAGGGCAAACAAAUGCUGUCAAUGUAUAUAUAUUUUGCGCAAAGGAUACCUGGGAUGAGUCACAUUGGAAAAAUUUGAACAGAAGUUUGCACCGAGUUUCAUCGACAACAGAUGGUAAAUAUGAUGCAAUGAAAGAGAUACAGGUUGAAGGUGUUACUUACCUGGACACACUUGUCAAAACCAAUAGAAGUUAUGAAGAGCAAUCUGCAUCUGAUGAAACUUAUGAACAGGUGACCACACUGCUGGAUUUUGCCUCAGUUUCAAAUUUGCAACCUUCCCAAGCAAACUUUAAGGAAUCAGAGGCAAGAUUGGGUGAUCAAGCUGAUCAGCAGACUUGCUUUGUAAAUAAUUUAGCUGACAAGGUUUCCAGCCCAGAAUCAGGCGGGGCUUCUAUUUUGGAUGUAAAUCUGGGUGUAGAUCUUUUUGACACCAAGGGAAGAUGCUCUGGUAUUGACAUGAGUAAGAUGGACAAGAGUGGACGAAGCAACAAACAGAUGGUAGAAUUUAUUCAGAAGAACAGUGGUGAAGAUGAUAAUCAAGUAGACGAGAAUAAACAAUUAUCAACAAUAAAAGCAGAUGACUACCAUCCUGUUCAGCCAAUUGAAGCUGAAGAAAAUUCCUCUUGUGCUGAAUCUCUACGAUUUGAGGUGAGCCCGUACACUGGAAGGAUCCACUUGUAUACUUGCAUUUUGGGUACAGACACAAGACCAAGACCGCUUUUUAAGAAUUUCCGACCAGAGGAACUUGAGUUGCUCAGUUCCUUUUCUGAUGAUGAUAAAAAGAAAAAGGAGAUCUCUGUCAGGGGUAGUCCUGCUUUUACAAAUGCUCUUUUGGAAUUUUCAAAUGAAUGGAAGAAAUUGAGGCCAAUUGAGCAAAAGAAGUUACUGGGAAAGCCAUUACAACUUCCUUUGGCUGUUGAACUGUGCUACUUGAGCGAAACUAGUAGCCACAACAAGAAGGGAUUAUUAAAUGGUGGAAGUAAACGGCGUAUGACACCUUUAAUGGAAAUAAGCCAUCCUUUGCCAUCAGAUGCUGUUUGGAGAAAGAUCUAUCUGCGAAGUGGCAAUGGUAAGAAGGAGAAAGAAUACACUCAAGCUUGGACUCUGACAGAUGAGCCACUCUGUAAGCUUUGUCAAAAGACGUGCAUGGGUAACAAUGCGAAGACACCUGAAUAUUUUGAAGAUCUUUUCUGUAACCUUGUCUGCUAUGAAGAAUAUCGUAUGAGAACAAGCAAUAAAUUCCUUCGGCAGGAACUUUUUGAAGUUGAGCAUGGUGUGUGCUCAAAUUGCCAUUUAGACUGUCAUAAACUAGUUGAACAUAUAAGACCUUUGCCAGGAGCAAGACGUAGAGAGUACAUUGAGAAAGUGGCACCAAAUGUGGCUGGGCGAAAGAACAUGCUUGAGAAGCUUGUCAAGGAUCCAACUGAGGGCAAUGCGUGGCAUGCUGAUCAUAUUGUUCCAGUAUAUCAAGGUGGAGGUGAAUGUCGGCUAGAGAAUAUGAGGACUCUUUGUGUGGCCUGCCACUAUGAUGUUACAACAGCACAGUGUACUGAGCGACGCAAAGAGAGAGCCAAGGCCAGGAAACAGCUAAAAGUAGUUAUGAGCGAGUUAAAAGCAGGUCAAAUGAAGGUCACCACAGGUUCUAAUACUAAGGAGCGGGGUCUUCUUGGGUUACAGGAGGAUGGAAACGAGGACGAGCUCAUUGUCAAGGUGCCUGGAAGUGCCUAUUCAGUAGCCAUGGCUAAGAAAGUGGAGGAGCAUCCUCGAAGGCCUCUUCUAUGACAAGUACCUGGUUGAAAGUUGAAACACUUGCAUGCCUACCCUCAAUUUAUCAUUGUACCUGCCCGUUGUAUGAUUUUUUGGAUGCUGUCAAUUUCGUUCCGAGGUACUUUUUUGAAGCAGCUCCUUGGGAUGUCUUAUCUUGAGGUACAACGGACGACGAAAUUGAGGUGAUCUGAUGAUUGACAUAAAAGGGAGAUGCGUUCAACAUGAACAGCGUUGGGGUACAAGUCAGCUAAGUGAUCAACUUUGGUUGACCUAAUUAUUCCGCAGGUUACAAGAUUUGAGCCACAAUUGAUAGCACCAACGCUUGCUUCCUGUUUGUGGGGCUUCUUUUGGUGUCAAUGAUUUGAGCAGUUUGAUUUGCCUGCCUAGCGAAUUGUUUUGUCAUGACUCGUGAAUCUUGGUCUGGUGUAAUGGAAUUUAUCAUAUACGUUACUUUUUGGGUAUUCUCUGCAUCACCGGACAUUGAAGAUUUCAGCUUGAUUGGUGAUGUUAAAAAUGAUCAACGUUGUACUUUGCCCGAUGUUACUAUAGAUAAUAAAUAUUCUUGGUCACAUAAAAAAUCAGAUUCAGUUGUAAAAUUUACUGAUUUUGUUGUUCCUAUUAACUAUUUUA